AUGGCCUUUCCAUUCAAUCCGGCCCAACUCCUUGCCGCAACGACCCAACCGAGCACACCAGUCAAGUCUGAAGACGCCUCGACUCCUUCAUCCUUGCCCGAAACGAUGAGAUAUUUAGCUGCAAAUGGACCAUUGUUUCAAGGCCUGCCCGGUCUCCCCGGCGGUCUUCCACUCCCAGCCGGACUUCCACCAGGCUUUCCCCUACAACUUGGGCCAUAUCCAGGCAUACCAUUGGACCUUGGAGGCGGUGGUGGCGGUGGGCCAAUGCCUCACAUCUUUUUCGAUCCAAUGGGCUAUCAUCCAUACAAUGGAGAACGACGAAAGAACGCCACCAGAGAAACAACAGCUCCAUUAAAGGCUUGGCUUCUCGAGCACAAAAAGAAUCCCUAUCCAACGAAACAAGAGAAGAUUUUGCUGGCUGUUUUGACAAAGAUGUCAAUGACACAAGUCUCCACAUGGUUUGCGAAUGCGCGCCGACGCUUGAAAAAAGAGCAUAAAAACGAGUGGUCACCGAGAAAUCGACAACAGGAUGAUGAUGACGAUUUGGACACCGUUGAUGCAAACGAACGCCCGUCCAGCUCCAUCUCCGACAUCAGUUUACCCCAACAGAAUGGAGAAAGGAAACAUGAAUCAAACAACAAUGCGAACGGCUCCUCACAAGCGUUGGCCUCUCCAUCAUCAGCAGAGACUGAGUCACCGAAAAAGCCGAAAAUUUGGAGUAUUGCUGAUAUUUCGAUGAAAAAGGAUGAGGAAAAUGAUUCAAGAGAAGAAAAUGGAUGUCCUGAUGAGGCUGGAUCGAGUAAAAAGGAAUCUGAUGAGUCUCCAUUGGCCGGUUUAGCAGCAAUGGGUGGAAAUCCGUUCCUAGCCAUGCAACAAUACAUGGCCAUGAUGCAAAGACUCGGAUCGGUGCCUGGAGCCGGUCUUUUGCCACCCGCAUUUCCUAGACCCCCAAUGGCCGGUCCAGCUUUCCCGCCACUUGCCAUUUUCAACCCGAUGCUCCUUCUGCAACAAAUGCAACAACAAGCCGCCGCCGCCGCCGUUGCCGCUGCCGCUCAGUCAUCUCCCCAACAAACAACAGUUCCUCAGCUGAAUGGUUCCUGGUCCGAAGGCCAAUCUCCAAGCCCGUCCUCAAGCAAUCAUUCAGCCGCUUCUCAAGACGAUUCAAAGGGAAACCAU